ACUCUCUGCUGAAGCUAAGUUAGCGAGGUAGCUCGUGGGUUCAACGUCACAUCGCCGUCUCCUUGUUUACAGCUGGUUGUUCUUAAUGUAAAAUCUUAAUGUUUCAGUUCAGCUCAGCGGCAGCGUCCUGUUGGUGUGUGUGAACAUGAGAGUCGCAGGGGAACCGUGGAGCGCGUGCUGUCUGCUGUCACUGUUGUUUACAUUUUACUGAUUUCCGCACAUUAGCAUCACCGUCCAGCAGCGAUGUACAAGGAGGGGGACGAGGUGCAGGACGACUGCGGCUCCCGGGAGGAGUGGACGCUGCUGUUCUGGACCUCUCUGGCCGUCAUCGUCCCGGUCAUCAUCACGCUGUGGUGCAGCGCGCAGCGCUCCAAGCGGAAAACGCACAUGAAGGAUUUCUUUCGCAAAAGCAAACACGGCUGGCACUACACAGACCUCUUCAACAAGCCGACCUACUGCUGCGUCUGUUCGCAGCACAUCCUGCAAGGGGCUUUCUGCGACUGCUGCAGCGUGUGCGCCGACGAGCAGUGCCUGCGCCGGGCCGACCGGAGCCUACCCUGCAAGGAGAUCAUGGCCCCCUGCAGCCCCGAUGGAGCCAUGGAGCACCGCUGGGUCCGCGGAAACGUCCCCCUCGCUAGUUACUGUGCAGUGUGCAAACAGCAGUGUGGAACCCAGCCGAAGCUCUGCGACUUCAGGUGUGUGUGGUGUCAGACCACAGUGCACGACGACUGCAUGGACAGCCUUGAGGACGCAGACCAGUGUGACCUGGGCGAGUUCCACAGCCUCAUCAUCCCUCCUCACUACCUCUACCGUGUCAACAAACUCCGCCGCAGGCACCCGGACGAGUACAGCAAGCUGGCGUCUUCCUGCGGCAGUGGCUGGACUCCAAUGUUGGUCUUGGCUAACACACGCAGUGGCAACAACAUGGGGGAGGCUCUGCUUGGAGAAUUUCGCACCCUCCUCAACCCAGUGCAGGUGUUUGACCUGUCUGAGCUGAGCCCCUCCAAAGCCCUCCAGCUGUGCACCCUGCUCCCCCCCGGCAGUGUGCGGGUGGUGGUGUGUGGAGGUGACGGCACGGUUGGCUGGGUUCUGGAUGCUAUCGAUACUAUGAAGCUAAAGGGCCAAGACCAGUUUAUUCCGAGGGUGACCAUCCUGCCCCUGGGGACAGGAAAUGACCUUUCCAACACUUUGGGCUGGGGUGCAGGUUAUGCUGGAGAGAUCCCUGUGGAACAGGUUCUCCGUAACAUCCUCGAUGCCGAGGUGGUCAAAAUGGACAGAUGGAAAGUGCAGGUGGCUUCAAAAGGCCUCUACUUUCGUAAACCAAAGGUUCUGUCCAUGAACAACUACUUCUCUGUGGGACCAGACGCUCUGAUGGCGCUGAACUUCCACACACACCGUGAGAAAACACCCUCCUUCUUCUCCAGCCGCAUCAUCAACAAGGCUGUAUAUUUCCUGUACGGCACUAAAGACUGUUUAGUGCAGGAAUGUAAGGAUCUGGAUAAGAGGAUUGAGUUGGAGUUGGAUGGGGAGAGGGUGGCCCUCCCCAGUCUGGAGGGCAUCAUAGUUUGUAACAUUGGCUACUGGGGUGGAGGCUGCAGACUCUGGGAGGGUAUGGGGGAUGAACCCUGCCCCCCCACACGACUGGACGACGGCCUGCUGGAGGUGGUGGGUGUGUUUGGCUCCUUCCACUGUGCACAGAUCCAGGUCAAGCUGGCCAACCCUGUACGACUGGGACAGGCCCACACUGUCAGGCUGGUUCUCAAGAGCUCCAAGAUGCCCAUGCAGGUGGACGGUGAGCCGUGGGCGCAGGGCCCCUGCACCAUCACCAUCACCCAUAAGACCCAGGCCCUCAUGCUGUAUCACAGCACAGAGCAGACGGACGACGACGACGACGAAUCCAGCGCCUCUGAGACAGAGAGCCCCACCCCUCAUGACUCGCCCAGGCCCCCAGGGCCGGCCUCCGCCUGUGCAUGACCCACCCCACACAUCAUGUGGUCUGAAGCUCUUCUUAUCUUAGGUUUCUGUCUUCUUUCUUCAGCCCAGUUUCUAUUAAUCCCUCAUCUGCAAUGGCACCUAGUCAUCCUCCUCUAAGAUUUCUGAACACACUUUUUCCUCAAAUCAUGUUGGUGAGAACAGGUUUUAUUAUUUUCUCCUGUGAUUGUUUCAGAUCUUUUCUGAGAGACUGCAGGGGUUAGACAGGUUCGUUUGUUAUUGGGCUGGUGGGAGUUGUUUUCGGUCUUUUACCUCCACACUCCACAUAUAUUGUAACCCAGAGCUCAGGCAGUUCGUCCCCCUCACGUGGGACGGUCAGGAGGAGGAGAAUGUUAUGGAGAAAGAUUGCUGUUUAUUUGCACUGAUCCCUUGUGCCAUAGAUAUCUUUACUCAAUUAUAAUGUAUUUAUUACACUGUAUUUACAAUUGAAUGCCUAGUGCAGCCCUGCAGGUAUCAGUGAGCCAUUUUUAACAAGUUGCCCAGGUUCAAUUGAAAAAACCCCCUCAAAGCCAUGUCUACACCAACAGCAGGUGGUGAUGCUGUAACACAGGAGAGAACAGUACUGUACUGUUGAGUGUCAAGUGGACGCUACAUGCAAAGCUUUAUUGUCCAUUAAUGAAAUUGCAUUACACAAAAAGCACAAACAACACACAGCAAACACAUUUUCUGGAAGCCAGUUAUUGUGAGUGCUGGGUGAAAAGUUCAACUGCACAAAAUAUCUGUUAAAUUCCACUUUCGGCCUCCUCAUCAAUGUUGGUAGUUUUUAGUGUCUCCUGCAUUUGUCAUCCAAAGUAAGACUUUGAAAUGUGUACGUAGGCCAAAAGGUCUGAGAAUCUCUAUGGAGCAAGGGCUCCGUUACACCUGUAAUGUUCUGUCAAUCACUGGACGUUUGAUGUUGGUUUGUUUACUUCAUGAUGCACUGUCUCGAGUAGCUCGCCAAACUACUGGAUUGUACUAAGAUACAGUCUUGAAGCUAAAUUUAACUUUGCUGUAAGAGCCACAGGAAACACGCCGACUGGUUGAGGUUUAUUUUGAAAGUUCUGCCAAGUAUCUUGUUUAGAGGAUCCUUUCUGUCUUUUCCCCUCUUCUUUCCUCCUGUUGACAUAAUUUGUGUUGCACUGUUUUGGCACUUACGCUGAUAAAUACCUUACACUGCAUAGGAUGUAGGUUACAUACAUGAAACCACAAUGUUUCUACCGAUAGUGAUGACUGCUGAUGAGAUUAUUCUGUGUCGUGUUAUGUUAGUUUUCUUGCAUUCGUGUUUUACCACAGUCACCACAAGGUGGCGACUAAAGACAGUGUUUUCUGCAGACAUGUCAAGGAGAGUUGAUCAACUACUCAAACCUCUACUGUUACAUAUUAACACCAUCACAUGUAUGUACUUUUAUGUGUGGUGUUCGCGGGACAUUGAUCUACCUGUUGAGUUUUAUUGGUUGCAUAUUUCCUGCAUUCUACAUAAUGUGUGUAAGAGGUCAUCUGUCUGUAUGGAAGCUAAUUUGCGAUUUGAGGUGGUCCUGUUUAUUGCAGAAUUCCGUGUUGCUCACAGCCAUAUGAGAAAAGUCUGUAGAAUGUAAGUUUAUGCUUUCCAAUGAACCUGCUGCUCAUAAGGCUGAACAGGGAUCAGUUUUUUUUUUUGCCGCGUGAUGCCUAUGCUUUUGAAAUAUGCACCUCCUUGGCAGGUAACCAAGCCACAUGGUGUCAUCACCCUCUGUUUGUUUGGUGAAUGUCUUCUUGCUCAAGGACACCUGUUUGACCUGUUACCUUAUCCUCUAUCUUUACCAGACCUGUUUGUCUUGUGUUGUGUUGCACUGAAUUUUCUUAAAUGUAACUGGGGUUUAUUGUCAGGUUCUUAGCCACGUUAGCCGCAUGGCUCUAGGUCAAGACACUGUUGUAGAGUGAAAUAUGUCAGUAAUUGCGGGAGUGAUUGUUGUGCAGUUUGGUGCAGAUACUGAUGGUCCCUAGAGAAUGAAUCCUGAUGAUUUUUGUUGAAUAUUGAGUAUUUUAUUUGGGCUUAUCAAACACUUCAGUUCAAGACAUAAUACUCCAAAACACAAUUGCUCUCAGCCUCAGCUGUAGUUUGAGAUUAAUGCUAGAUAACAUGCUAAUAUGCAAAAUUAUUAUCAGCAUACUGCAUCCCUUUCGGCACACAAGUCUGCAGCAGCUUAGAGCCAAACUUAUAAAUAUUUUUAGGUUUGUAUGUGUAAUGUAAUGUUGGUUGCUCAUAUUAAUGAAUCCAGAAAGAAUUAUCACCAACUUCAGAUUCCCAGAGAUCUUUAGCAUCUGUCAACUGAUUUUUUAUAGCCUGCAACUUCUCUAUAUCUACUCUUAUUAAUCUUGUUUCCAGCAGCAGCAGCAGCAGCAGCAACAGCAGCAGCAGCAGCAGCAGCAGCAGCAGCAGCAGCAGAAGAUAACUGUUUAGGCAACCCUUAGGCAACAAUAUGCCCACCACAAAUGGCACAAAGACAGAGUAGCUGUGUAGAUCAGAGCCAGGGGAUGAUAGAGACCAAAAUAGCUAGAUAGAGAUUUGUCAGAUCGGCAUGUUUCUGCCAAUUCAAAUCAAUCAAUCAAAUGAAUGCCAAAGAUGCUUCUCAUCUGCAGGUAGUGUGCAGGUUUUUGUUUGCUAAUAUAUUCAGCAGAGCAACUUCAUAAGGAAUUCAUAUAUUAAACCUAAGGAGUUAUGCUCCAUAGAAGUCAAAUCAAAACCUGAUGAAGACAGCUUUGAACUGUUGGAAGUUGACAGUGUACCGCUGUACCCUGACAAGCUGAGUGACACGUGCAAAAACACAGUGGAUAACCUUUGUGACAUUAUGUAACAUGGCUUUUUCUCUGGCACUGCCAGAGUGGUGAUAAGGAUUUAACAAUACCAACACCGUGUCGUAAAACAAAUAUGUUGCUAGCGUGGCUAAUGACUUCUACUUGUUUUACUGUGUGGUGGAGGCACGUGACCGAGAUGUUAUACGUUCUUUUGAAUAUUGUCAGUUUGUUACCUGUUAGACUGCGGCAGAUAUACAACUGUAUUUCAUAGACUCAAUUUGGCAAGAGUGAGUGAAACUGUCACAUUGUUAUCCUUGACUGACAUCAGACCAUUAGCACUCGGCUUCUGCAUUCAAAAUCUAGUUGAUCCUCACCUUUCACUAUGUUGUGUGUACCAAAAUGCUUUCAUUAUUACUAAUAUAUAUUUGAAUACGCUUACUUUUUUUGUUGUCAUAUGUGUAAAAAUAAGAACCCUGAAGGCUGAUGAGAAUGUGCAGGAAACAUGAUUUCAUACGACAUGGUCCUAAGAAGAAGCCUGAUGUGGCCUCUGCUGAACUCAAAGGUAAAUACAGAGGAACUGUGUUUGGGAGGAAAUAAGCUUUUAUUGGUAACAGUCAUGUAAAUCGAAGCUGUUUACAAAGAUGGUGGGAAAGAGGGUUUUGGUGAAUUUGCUACUGUAGGUGACAAAAACCGAUUUUGAUUGAACUGAAUGUAAUGAAGCAACAUUUUGAAUUUGAAGACAUUCCCAUAAAUAUUUUCAUAUAUAAA